AUGGCGGGAGAUUUGAAUUUGAAAAAGUCAUGGAAUCCAGCUCUUGUAAAAAACCAACAGAAGGUAUGGGAACUUGAGCAAAAGAAACUCCAGGAACUAAAAGAGUCAAAAGAGAAGAACUUAGAAUUCAAGAAAGAGCAGGAAUACUUAGAUCUUUUGAAACUACAGUAUGGAGACAAUUUCAGCAAAGACCAACUUUCGAGCAAUGAAAAAUUGAAAGUAUCAAAGUUGAGCUGGAUGUAUGAGGAUGUUCCGUUUGAAAAGCAAGAGACUGAAACAAUGAGUUCAAGUGGAUUUAUUGAAACCACAACAGAAUUUACUGAGGGUAAAACAGAAGCAGAGAACUUAUUGAGUGGGAAUCGUGCAUUCAAAAAGCAUGACACGAACGGCUUUGCAAAUGAAAGAAUGAAUAAAGUGAUUGGAACAGGGCUGAAAAAACCCAACUCAACCAAUUAUGGCGAUGACCCAUUGGCAAUGAUUCAGAAACAGCAAGUGGGUCAACAAAGAUUGAAGCAGAGAGACACAGUGCGUGAGAAAACAACUAAUCGCCGUGAUGACGGGUCAUGGUCAAGGCUGUCACAUGGAGAAGAUAGAGAUAAUCAUAAGCCUAGGUAUCACCCACAUAGCUUGAACUCCUCAAGGGGUCACAAGCAUCACCACUCAAGAGAGCGACAUAAUCGACACAGUUCAAGUGAUGGGCGCAGGCCACAUAGACCAAGAGAAGAAGAAAGGUCAAGAGAAGAUAGUUUUUCACUCAGACAACGAGAUCCUAGGGACUCACAUAGUAAAAGAGAACGAUCACCAACAAGAUAA